AUGGCAGUAUUAAGACAAGUGAAUGCAGGAAGAACUCAAGAUAUGCCUUUAAAUGAAGCUUGCCAGGUGGUUUAGUCCUACUCAAGCAAUCACUAAAAAGAGGAAAGCUUGCUAAUACAUGCACUUUUCUCCAUAAUAAAAAAUGUUCGCAAAAAAGAGAAAUCAAAGGAAAGAAUACUUGUUGAGUAUAUUGGAAACAGUGGACUCAUGAAAAUAUACAGAAUUAGAAAAUUAUCAGGAAGACUAAUGUGUGAGUUAACUUUUAAUUCUGAUUUUAACUAAAAUGCGCUCACUGAGUUAUUUGCAUUUUCUCCUGCUAAUGGGAAGGUGUGUUUGAACCAUAUUCUACCUGAGCCUAUUAAACAAAGACUAUAAAAUGAUAUUACUUACUUGGAAAAAAUCAGAAAUUAUAAAGAUGACAAAAUUAAUCCUUAUUUAAGGCGAUAUUGGUCCUUUCCUUCUUUUAAAGAUGAUAAUGAUAGUGGGAAAUCAGUAGACCUUGAAAGAUCAAUGACUCCAAGUAGAGAAUAAACAAAUAGUGUAAAUAUUGAAACUUUAGAAGAAUAUUUAAGGUUUCCAGAUCCUCAUAAGUAUAUGAUCGGAUUCAUCUCAAAAAAAGAAAAUGCAGACGAUAACUAGUACAGUAGAUAAAAGGCCUUCAUCUUAACUAGAAAAUAUUCAAGAAGUGUCAAUAAUAUUAAUGCUGGAGGGGCUACUAGAAAAAGUCAUGGCGAAUCAGAAAAUUCAUCAGACUCUCCUUCAACUCUUAAUGUUCUGCUCAAAAAGCUCAAUAAGCCUUAAAUGCUAUUGCUGAAUCAUCUGUAGAAUCAAAUCAAAUAGUAUUAUCCAGAUCAAGUAAAAAAUCAUAAAUGGCUAUAGGAGGAAUUAGGCCUGACAGAGGAUGAAAUUGUCAGCAGCACAAGGAAAAAUGCAGAAAAUAGAUAAGUUGAUAUUACCUAGCGAAGACUGGCAAGUGAUUAACAAAUAUAGCUUCCCAUCUCCCUUAAGACAAAGAUGAAAAAUCUAAUUCAGACUCUUGAAAAGGAGUAAUUAUCUAUAAGACGUCCAAAUUCUCAAUAAAAGCCUGAUGAAGUAUCAAAUUAAAUACUAGAGUAGCAAUAAAAACUAAGAAUUUAAAGGGAAUACUAAUACAGACCUGAUUCAGUAUCAAGUGUGAAUACAAAACAUAGUGAUUAAAAGCAAGGUACAAUGAAGCAUCAUCAUCUGUCUACUUAGAGUUAAUCACCAAAUUAGCCUAAAGAUUUUUCAUCAACUUUAGUUCUUUACAAACCGUAGCCGAUUCGAUCAAUAUCUCCACUGACAACUGUUAACCAUAGAUUCAUUGGUGCUCGAACGACCAAAGAAUCUAAUCAUGUCAAUAUCAAACUUAAGAAUAAUGAUUCUGAUGGGAAUAGUACAAGUACUUAAGGAAGAAAUUCUUAACAGAGUGGGGUUCUGGAUGUUAAAAAUUUGCUCUCAAAUAGAUAAAGAACUCAGUAAGUGAACUAAAAGGCUAGCGAUGAUAGAUCUAGAGUAUCACACACCUUAACCUCUUCUCUAGAAUCUUCUAAUCGAUCAAAUUUUGAUUAUAGAAGAAUUGAACCUCAAGCAACUUAAGUUGUUUAGUCUGCUUAUAUGAAGGUUCUAGAUAAAAUGAAGGGCUAACUAAAAAAGAACCCAAAUUAAACUUAAACAAUCAACAAUGAUCAUCAUAAUAAACAUAAAAGAAGUCUAAAUACAAAUAACUAGGUGUACAACAGUGAUCAUCCAGUUAUAAAUGUAAAAACAUCCUCUAGGGAUUCAUCUAAUCAAUAACCUGUAAUAAGUGCCAAUCAAGAAUAUGUUCAAUUUUUUAACUGA